CGCGCGCGACACCACUUACUUACAUCUAAGUUGCAUCUAAGUCACAUCUAAGUUCAUCAAGUUUAUAAAGUCAUAAGUUAUACGAGUUAAGGGGUUAAAACUGACAGCUGUUAAACGGUUAAAUUAAUAAAUAUAAUACGGAACCGAAGAAUGUAAUUAUUUUUAGUGCAUUACAUCAUAAGUUGCGUGUUUAAUUUCGUUACGGACACGAGUCGAGUUUUAAUUCAAGUUGUUUGGAAGAUUAAUUGCCUUUUUCACUAAUACACUUAUAAUUGCCUCAAACAUACAAAUAGUUAACCUUUUCAAAGCGGUCGAGAAUAUUUUGCAACAUAACCUCAAAGAACAUGUGAAGUGUCAAAAUUCAAUCGAAAAAAAAAAUAAAGAAUAGAAACAAAUAUGGCUGCCGAUAAACAAAAUGAACAACAUAUUAACAACGUUUUAAAUAUCAAAGAAAAAAUAACAAUAAACGUUGACAGUUCCGAUGGCGCGAAAGAAAAUCAUAACCUCAAAAUGGAUGAAAAUGGAGUUAAUAAUGAUAAAAAUAAAUUGGAUAUGCCGAAAGAUUUGUUAGGAGCUCCGAGAAGAGAACAUAGAAGAUCGUUCAUGGAAGAAGAGAGUGCAAGAGAGAGAAGAAGAUUAGUUCUCUUGAAGCAAUGCUCGGCAAUACUGAAGCAGGGAGAGCAGAAAUACACCAAGGAAUCUCUUCAUAAAACCUUUCAAGAUGAGGACCUGCUGGACAGGAUAUUCCGCCUGUUCGACGUGGAUGGCAGAGACCACCUCGUUCAGGAAGACUGGAUCGAACAACUAAAAGAGAGGCUUCCUGAGGAGAGACAACUGGAACUGGUGGAGCAGGUGGAAAGCGUGGCGUAUGCGCUGUGCGGUGACGGACCUGUAUGCCCGUCUGCCUUCACACGCAUACUGCGCAACAAAGUGGUAACCAAGAAACUAUUUCGCGUGGUGGACACUGAUGACGACGGCUACGUCACCGCUGAGGACGUCAUGGAGUUCAUUGCUUCCAUCUCUAGCAGCAGACCACGUGUCGGCAUCGACAAGCCGAGCGUGGACAGGCUGGAGCAGCUGUUCCGCGAUACCGCCGGAGACCAGAAGGAGAUCACCAGGGAUCAGUUCAAGAAGAUUGUCGUCUCUAAAAACCCAUUCUUCACGGAGCGCGUCUUCCAAAUCUUUGAUGAAGAUGACUCCGGCAGCAUCUCGCACCACGAGUUCAUCGCAGCCGUGCACCGCUUCGGCCAUCAGACGCCUGAUGAUAAAAUCAAGUUUUUGUUCAGAGUUUAUGAUUUAGAUGGUGACGGUCUGAUUCAGCACCGCGAACUGCAGCAUGUGAUGCGCGCUUGCAUGGAGGAGAACGGCAUGAGCUUCAGUGACGAGCAGCUGCUGCAGCUCACAGCCGCCAUGUUUGAGGAUGCAGACACAGAGCGACGCGGUGCCAUCACUUAUGAGGCGCUGCGCGACCAGCUCAGCAAACACGGUGGACUGCUUGAGAAUCUCUCCAUCAGUAUAGAUCGUUGGCUGGUCCCGCCUCCGCCAGACCCUCAGUCGACUUCCUGGUUACGGCGGCUGUCCAGCAUGAAGCCACAUCAGCUCUCAUGGCCUUACAUCAAGAAUAACCAGGUGUUCCUGGGCUACCUAGCUCUGUUCUUUCUGAUCAACCUAGCCCUGUUCGCCGCAAGGUGUGUGGAGUACAGGAACGCCAAUGGAUUUGUCAUGUUUGCAAGAGCUUGUGGUCAGUGUCUUAACUUCAACUGCUCGUGGGUGUUGGUGUUGAUGCUGCGGCGCUGUAUCACGGCGUUGCGAGGACGUGGGCUGGGCUCCGCGCUGCCCCUCGACCACCACGUCUACUUGCACAAGCUCACCGGUGUCCUCAUCGUCCUUUACAGCAUACUACACACCAUCAUGCACUUGUGCAACUUUAGUCUGAUAGUAGUGAACGACCCUGUGUUGAACGCAAACAACUACACUGUGUGGGAGUGGGUGGGCACGACGCGACCAGGCAUGUUCGGCCUGGUGGGAGGCGUGGCGAACCCCACGGGUCUGGCGCUUGUGGUUGUCCUGGCCAUCCUUGGCACCUGCAGCCGGCCUGCCGUUAGACGAGGGGGGAGCUUCGAGAUAUUCUACUGGACUCACUUGCUGUAUAUUCCAUUCUGGAUCUUAGUAAUAUUCCACGCUCCCAACUUCUGGAAGUGGUUCAUUCUGCCCGGCACUAUCUACAUCAUUGAACGGAUCAUGAGAUUGACUUGGAUGAGGUCAGAGAUAGGCAAGACAUACAUCUCUUCCGGUAUCCUGCUGCCAUCCCGUGUGACGCACCUGGUCAUCCGGCGGCCGCCUCUAUUCGACUUCCACGCCGGCGACUACGUGUUUGUGAACGUGCCAGCCAUCGCGCGCUACGAGUGGCAUCCCUUCACCAUUAGCAGUGCUCCUGAACAAGCUGAUCACAUUUGGCUGCACGUGCGCGGCGUAGGCCAGUGGACCAACCGGCUGCACGAGUACUUCGAACGCGAGCACCGCCGCCUACACGCACCUGACAUGCCGGAAGUGCCCGAAACGCUCACACACGACGCGCAUCGUAAGGUGAGCCGCACGGUGUCGGGACAGAGCGCCCGGAGCACACGCAGCGUGCGGCGUGGCUCCGCGGGGGGGCGCUCCGUUCGCGGCAAGCUCUCUGUCGACUUCUCUCCAAACUCGUAUACUAACGACGCUUUUUGCAUCGACGAGGAGCCAGAGGAAACUCAAAAAGAUGCGGUACCGGUCGCGUUAGCAUCGCGCGCGGCGGCGCUGCUAUCUCCUCUCCGUCUACUUGAAAAAUCCCGCUCCAUGCCCGAUAUGCAGAGCGUCACCAGACACGGUGGUCGCGACUAUACGCGUUCAGAGUCCGAGUUAGGCUUAUCGUGUGGGGAGGCGCGGCGCGCGCGGCUGGCAUCGUUGGCGCGCUCACCACAGCACCGCGCGUUGGCACACAGCUUCCGGUACAUGCGCACUAAACCACCAAUCGUCGCACUCCACACGCCCAGCGUAGACGCUAAUGAGAGGAGACGCUCCAAUGAAAGCAUACUCACUAUAGCAAGAAGACGUCUGUCCAAAAGUCUAUCACCCGAUAAAGAUACGGAGGCACAAAACGACACGAAAAUGAACACCGUUCCCGACCCGGACACUGCUAACGAUGUUACCAGCGAUGAUUAUCCUGUAGGAAAACCAUUAGAAAUCUACCUGGAGGGUCCGUACGGCGCGGCGUCAUCGCACAUCUUCCGCGCAGAGCACGCGGUGCUUAUUGCGGCGGGCAUCGGCGUCACACCCUUCGCCUCAAUCCUGCAGAGCAUCAUGCUGCGCCACCGCGCCGCGCGCGCUCUUUGCCCGCGCUGCGGACACACCUGGCACAAUGACGUGCCUCACUCUAACAUGACGCUCAAGAAGGUUGACUUCUUCUGGAUCAACCGCGAGCAGAGGUCGUUCGAGUGGUUUGUGUGGCUGCUGUCCCAGCUGGAGAUGGAGCAGGCGGAGCGCGCGGGGGAGCGGGAGGAGGGCGAGCGGCUGCUCGAUAUGCACCUCUACAUCACCAGUGCGCUGCAAAGACACGACAUGCGCGCUGUCGGGUUACAGCUAGCACUUGAUCUGCUACACGAGAAGGAGAAGCGUGACCUGAUCACAGGCCUGAAGAGCCGCACGAGCGCGGGUCGACCCAAUUGGGAUAAGGUGUUCCAAAGGUUAAACGAGCGGCGAGCCGGCAAAGUGACCGUGUUCUACUGCGGUCCACCGCGCCUGGCGCGCACCCUGCGCCUCAAGUGCGAUCAAUUCGGCUUCCAUUUCCGGAAGGAGGUGUUCUAAGAACAUUCUACAUAGUCAAUUUACUAACUUUUUUUGGAAUUCUGGAAAUUUAUGUAAGAGAGAUUUAUGAAAAUGCGUUUUAGAAAUUAAAAAUUGUAAAUAAUAAGUAUAUAAUGGAAGAAGUAAGAUAGAAGAAUUGGCCUACAAUUGAAAAUAAAUUUUAGUGCCUCUUCGUAAGAUAUUGUGCAAACGGUUUACUGCAACAAAGUUUUUUGGUCAAAUUCUUAGUAAUUUUGACUUUCUAUUUAUAACUUAGUUCAAUUGUUGUUUUGUAUUAUAUUAUAUGUUUAUUUCGUUGAUUUUAUUAUUUUUGUGUACAGCUUGAAAACAUUUCUAGAUAAGUCAAGAAU